AUGAGUUUAUAUUACAAGUCGUUGCCGGGGGCGCCUCAACAACACUACAAGGAAAAACUUUCCAAACUUGGGAUCAAAAAACUGUCAUUUGAUCCGUUCAUUGACGAAUGUGAAAAUUGGGUUGACGAUGUUACAAAAUGGCCGGACGUUCAGUUUGGGGAAAUUUACUGUUAUCUUAUAGACAGCCCAGGACAGUUUACACGUGAGACUUUAAAAGCAUACAGAUCAUUGGAAGCCUAUAAUUACUUUCAUAGUGGCUGGGUGCAUACAGUGUUUUAUUCUACUCUGGGCAGUAAUAAGUCCUUCCUCAAGGCGAAAGUCAACAGAUCACAAGCUGUGACCGACAAGCCACACGAAGCAUGGGUGUGUGUGGAGAAAGACUGCACCAUUCUAAAUGCCCACUGCACAUGUAUGGCCGGAUUGGGAGAGGUAUGUUCCCAUGUUGCUGCCAUCCUUUUCAAAGUCGAGGCAAGUGUACGAUUGGGAUACAAUAAAGUUGCCUGCACUUCAAUGCCAUGUACAUGGAACCAAAACUUUACCAAAAAGGUGGAGGCUGUCCCACUGUAUGAGAUAAGCUUUGAGAAACCAAAGAAAACCAACUUUCACCUUCCAUCCUCUCCAGCACCACAACGUGCAGGCAUUGCAUUUGAAAACACAGCCUCAUUUCUGCAGAAGUUGAGAGAGACCAACCCAACAGCUGUGAUCUUUACUGUGACUGAACCCCGUCCAAAUCCCCCUACACCAAAACCAUCCCUGCCAGUUGUACUUACAUCUCUCUACAACCCAGAGUAUACCAAACUCUCAGAUACAGAACUAGCUACCAAGUGUGAUGACAUUCUCCAAAACAUUACCAUCAACCAAGAGGAGUCCAUCAACGUUGAGGAACUAACCCGAAAUCAGAGCUUGUCUACAAAGUGGUAUAAAUACCGGGAAGGCCGCCUCACAGCAUCAAACUUUUAUGACAUUUGCCACACUAAUGUACAGAGACCGAGUGUUUCUUUGAUAAAAAGAAUCAUGCAGUAUUUUCCAAACAUUGACACUCCAGCAAUUAAGUGGGGGAAAUCAAAUGAGGAAACGGCACUAAAAGAAUAUACAGAAUUGAUGCUACAACACAACGAAGCAUUCUCGACAAGACAGAGUGGCCUAGUACUCAACCCUGAUUAUCCCACACUUGGAGCCAGUCCAGAUGCUGUGACAGACUGUCCAUGUUAUGGGAAAGGACUGGUUGAAAUUAAAUGCCCAUUCAAAUACAAGAACACUCAUCCUUGUUCUGUUAAAGACCCAGGGUUCUACCUUAAACCGCAUGCUCCAAGAGCUACAGGAAAGCAGUGCAACAACCAACUUGCCAUAACCUCGAAACAUUUUUAUCAAGUUCAAGGGCAAAUGGCAGUGUGCAACGUAGACUUUUGUGAUUUUGUUUGUUGGACCACAAGUGGAAUUCAUGUUGAGCGUAUUAAGCGAGAUGAACAUUUCUUUAGUGAGAAUGUGCUUCCAUUGUUAAAGGAUUUCUUUUUGUUUGCUGUCUUACCUGAACUAUUAACUCGCAAAAUCAGAGAAGUGAACAACAAUGUGCCUCAAGACAAUACCGUUUGUAUCUGUGGAAAGCCAGAGACUUUCGAUGAUAUGAUUGCAUGUGAUUCAGGACAUUGUAAAGUGGAAUGGUACCAUUUCAAGUGUGUGGGACUUAAAUCUACCCCACAGGGUUUGUGGAGUUGCCUACCUUGCAGAAAGAUGCCCCCAACCAAGAAAAACAGACAGUGACCAAACUUUACUUAAUGAACAUGAACAUGAACAUUCAAUAUGAUGAUAACUUGUUCAGUUCUUAUGAAGUUGUGACAAUGCUUUUGUUUCCAUUAUCCACCAAACUUUACUCAUGAACAUUCAAUAUGAUGAUAUAUUGAUAUGUCAUUUUUUUUGCUAAAA